CGUGGUCCAAAUGAAUUCACAAAAUAAAGAAAAAGAAAUCAACAACAAUAUUAAAAUUAUGUAAUAAUUUUGUGUAAUCAGUGGCCUGAACAGUUUGUGGGUGGGAUGGCUAGAGUCCCUAGUGAUCCUGGUGGCCCGGGAUCUGCACCUACCAGCCCGUUAGGACAUCUAUGCUGAAAGGUGCAGAUCCCGCCCACAAACUGAUCAGGCCACUGAGGUCAGGGAAACGCCUCUGCAGCCUGAAGUCAAGAACUGAACGGUUUAGGAGGAGUUUUUACCCAUAAACAGUGAGACUCCUCAACCACAGCACAUAAUGGACAACGACACACACACACACAGUCUUCUACUAUCCAUUUCCAUAGCUAUAAAAUAUUUGCAUAUCUGCAUUUCAUGGCACACCUACAGUGAGAUUUAUAUCUUCACAGUGCAAUCUGUAUACAGUGCAAUUUAUACUUUAUAUUUAUACUUUCACAGUGCAAAGUUAUCUAUACUUAUGUGUGUUAUGUAUACUAUAUGCACUUUAUCUUUCUGUGAUGUUGGUACUUAUUUCUUUUGUAUGUAUAGCACAGCCGGGGUAAUUAUUGCCAGAAAAAUCAUUUCACUGUAUUUUGUGGCAGCUAUAACUACAUGUGACAAAUAACGGAUCUACAUCUACACAUCUAUUAAGGAUAUACAUCUACAUCUAAUAUGCCCUGAAGGGUACAUUGAUUUGAAAAAUCCCGUAUUACAAUCUUUACAAUAAAAGUUCUGUUAUACUUAUUUUUUUCUCUUCGCUUUAAUUGUCAUUCAAACCACUUGACAUGAUAAGAACGAAACACCGUUUCAUUUCAAGUGCAUGGAUAGACCGGAAAAGUGCGGGGGAGAGAUACACCGGCACACAAAGCAAUAGUAAACAAUGAUUGGAGAUGUAGGAAUAAUAAAUAGAUAUCAAAUAUAAAGUACUGCUUUAAUAAAUAAAUAUGCAAGUACUGACCACAGUGCAAAUGGCAAAAAGUGACAAACUACGUACUUAGUAAUUCAUCUAGUUAAUGAUGCUAUGAUGUGAAUAUCCCUAAUAUCACUAACAUGGGUCUAGAGUGGACGUGACGUGCUUCACUGGAUAGAAACAGAAACGGCUACAUUUUUGUGCAUCUAUAUUUCCAGUCGCGUCUACUGUGCAGUAUAACAAAAAGCUACGAUGAACUUCUGGAUGGUAACAGCAGAGGGAGCUAGAGGAUUAUCAGCGCUUGAUUGAGUCUCGUUAGUUGGGGAGAUUUUAGAAUCGCUUUGGAACUACAAACAAGCCGGGACCUCAUUGCAAACUCAUCAUAAAGUCAAAUGAAGAACAGACCAGUGAUAGAUAUAGCAUCUUAAGACAUAAGGAAAGAGUUGGAGAAUUAAAACAAGCCAGUGGUGAUUAGGGAGACUCUCUAAUGAAGGCUUCCAAAAGCUUUAUCCAGACAACAUUAUACUCCAGCAGGUGCUGAUGAUUACAGGACUGCAACCUCAUGACUAAAUUAAUGCUGACCAAGGAUAAAUGACUUUGAGUGUAAGAGAAGAGCAGGUCAACUAAAAAAAAAGCAGGAAUCUGUAAAUUCAGCUGUAUGAGCAGGAAACUAAUAACAUCUACUAGGAUCGAGACACUAUAUAUGUGUAAGGAGUUUCUAAUGGAGAUGUGCUGGCUAGAGAGGAAAUGCUUAAAUAAACCCCGAUGCUGGAGGCUCCUGCCAAAACCAUCGCCAGGAUUAUUGGAACAAGUUGUGCUUUGACAUUCCUGUGAACCUGCACAGGUCUGGUUGACACUGCCCAGGGAGAACAAUGAAACACAGUUCCUGGCAAGAUAUCGUCAUGACAGGCGUUUCUGUUCAGUACCGAAGCAUCGUGGAAUACAAUACGGGCCUUUUACUCAGAGCCACUCGUAGCCAGGGUGGGAGUAUUUUCUGCAAAGCGGGAGUAUGUGUGUUAAUGCUCAACAAUGUUAACCCAUUACUAUGUUAGCUGAAAACCAUGUUUGUUAGCCAUUGCUAGUCACGGUGUCCUUUAACGGGGAUUUACAGGGAUUAAUGAAAUGUCACCCGCAAGGCUUCCAGAACAAAACAACCUAUAUGAACAGUAAAGUAAAUCUGACUGCCAGCUAUGAUUAUGUCUGCCAGGUACGCCAUUCUGGCGGGCAUCCAGAUUUAUGUACAAGUCUCUCUGUUCUCAGUGUGGACUUUGACCUUGUUAAAAUAUACUAAAUGCUAUACUCCGUCACAUUUUGGGUGACUCUGUGUAAUGAUUUUUUCCGUCUCUUUAACUUUAAGAAUGGUGUUCAUGCCUUUUGACUUAUAUUAUAUCCUAAGUCCCAAGGGCCAGUCUGAGGCACAGUGUGACUAUUAAUCAACAGCUGCAAUGUGUGAGUAGGCUUAGAGUAGUGUUUGAGAGUAGCGUUUGCCAUGAGAGUAGCGUUUUAUUAUACGGGGAACGAAAUAGGUGAAGCGAAGGUUGUGGUUUAGUUCUGAGCAUCCUUCACGGUAAAAACCACGAUUGACGUGAUUCGUGUCACCCUGUAAUAGUGGUGAUGAAGAAAGGAGACUGUCUGCAACCAGUCUAACUAAAGAACAAAUUACGACAGCUUUAUGAACGGGAAAAAGAUAUGAAUUUCAGAUUAAAUGCAGCUCCGUUAUGCAAAAUAUUCAGACAACGUGAAUGUCGAGACUGCUGACAGUAUGUUUACAAAGAGCAAACAGUACUUCCAAAAAUGUUGACCUGCUUAUGUACAUGUCAAAGCAAGCCUGAGCGAAACAGGCAGUUAGAAGAUGGAUGGAUGCUGCAGAGUCAGUUGCAAUACAAAAAUAUUUACGUCACAAUUAAAAUAUUUUUUGAAUAGCAGCUUGUACAAAUGGAGGAGAAAUCAGUCUGGAUGAUGAAAUGCUCCGAGAGAAGGUGCAGUGGCCACGGCCCCUGAUAGAGGGGAUACGCAGCCUUCUGCCCACGGCGCUGCGGCUGUUCUGCUCCUGCUUCGCUACCGCUCCCAAGUUCCAUCCAGUUUUCAAUUUUUGUAAUUGGCGAAGCCACACUAAACAGCCCAGUGAUCAUGUGUCAUCGUCAGAUAUGCCAGUCAAAAGAAAGCCUUAGGAAUGUCUUACUUUCAAAAUAUCGUAAUAUGAGUGUGAAAUAAAACCACUGAAACUGGCGACGAACAGCCUCACGUGGGGCCGGACCACCCAGGCCAAACACCUACGUCACAAGCCGCUGCACAGAUUAUUCUAAUUCACUUGUAGUAAUAAGUGACAUUAUGCAAAAGCCUUGGCUGCGCUUUGCUACUCCACCAGGAAAGACAUUCUCCUCGGGCGAGUGUCGCCACAGUAGCUAACUGAAAUAAAGCAUGAAAUGCGUUUGUUCUGCGGUAUUUAUCAAACGAGAUUCCCUUGUAUUGCGGCAGUUUGCCCUGCAGUUAUUUUAAAUUGUACUUUUAAACGUUCCGGCCGGAAUCCAAGCAUUGUACAAUUUCAUUUGAAAGCGUGCGACGCCUGUUUGGGACUGAUAUGCGGACAAAUGAAGCGGCGAUUUAAAUGUCCGCACGGACUCGGAAUCGAUACAAAAAACCCGGAGCGAGGAGCAACCACGCACAUUUUGAAAAGUGUAUUAUUCUGACACACAUCCCCCAAGCCCGCUUCCAUUGGCAGGAGCCUCAGGCUGGAGGAGGAGCCCGUUGUGAAGCAUUAACUUGCGCUGGCACUGGCCUCCCAGUACAGCUCGCUCCACUGGUUCUGCGUGCUGCCCGAACCUACCGCGAGCCGCCUUCGCUUUAUCAAUCAGCCCGAUCGGCAAAGACCUGAUGGGUGAUCAGCGCGUCCAUUUGGCUAUCGGUACCGGCGCCGGACUCACCUGAAGCGCAUUUAUCGACGCGAUCGCGGCUACCGGCGCUAUUCGGCGUUAUUGCAGGGUGAGAGACUGACGGCGAUCGUGUGAAUAGCGGCGGCGCUUCGGUGUCGCUCCGAAAACUCACUACAGCCCGCAGGUUCGUUAGAUCGACAAUGUCUGUGAGCAGCCACGAGAACCGGAAGUCCCGAUCAAGUUCUGGAUCUAUGAACAUCUAUCUGUUCCACAAGGCGUCGCAUGCAGACAGCCUCCUGACGCAGUUGAACCUUCUGCGGAAGCGCUGCAUCUUCACUGAUGUGGUACUGCGGGCCGGCAACCGAGCCUUCCCCUGCCACCGUGCCGUGUUGGCUUCUUGCAGUCGCUACUUCGAGGCCAUGUUCAAUGGGGGGCUCAAGGAGAGCCGGGAUGCUGAGGUCAACUUCCAUGACUCCCUGCACCCCGAGGUGCUGGAGCUCCUCUUGGACUAUGCCUAUUCAGCCCGAGUCAUCAUCAACGAGGAGAACGCCGAGUCUCUCCUGGAGGCAGGAGACAUGCUCCAGUUUCACGACAUCCGAGACGCGUCGGCUGAGUUCCUGGAAAAGAACCUGCAUCCGUCUAACUGCCUGGGCAUGAUGCUGCUGUCCGACGCCCACCAGUGCGAGCGGCUGUAUGAGCUGUCCUGGAGGAUGUGCCUGGCCAACUUUGCGUCUCUCUUCAGGACUGAGGAUUUCCUCCGUUUGCCCAAAGACAAAGUUCAGGCCCUGAUUUUCAGCGAGGAGCUUGAGGUGGAGGAUGAGAGUCUGGUGUACGAAGCCGUCAUUGCCUGGGUAAAGGCCGACAUUGAGAGGAGACAUGGUUACAUCCCAGAGCUGUUGCGAUUUGUACGCCUUGCCCUGCUCCCAGAAUCGUACCUGCUUAAGAAUGUUGUGUCAGAGGAGCUAGUAAUGGGUCACAAACUGGGUCGGGAGAUAGUCGAUGAUGCGGUCCGUUGCAAGAUGAGGAUCCUGCAGAAUGAAGGUGUUGUCACUGGCUUCUGUGCCAGACCAAGGAAGGUUAGUCAAGCACUUCUGUUGCUGGGUGGCCAGACGUUCAUGUGUGACAAGGUUUACAUGAUAGAUCAUAAGACCAAGGAGAUUACCCCCAAAACGGACAUCCCCUCUCCUCGGAAGGAAUGCAGCGCCUGCGCCAUUGGCUGCAAGGUGUAUGUCACCGGUGGCCGGGGCUCCGAGAACGGGGCCUCUAAGGACGUGUGGGUCUACGACACGCUUCACGACGAGUGGUCAAAAGCCGCACCCAUGCUGGUGGCCAGGUUUGGUCACGGGUCAGCGGAGCUCGAUCAUACCUUGUAUGUUGUGGGCGGCCAUACUUCUUUGGCUGGCUCCUUCCCGGCUUCCCCGUCGGUGUCCCUCAAGCAGGUGGAGCAGUAUGACCCACAGGGCAACAAGUGGACGUUGGUUGCCCCACUGCGGGAAGGAGUGAGCAACGCUGCCGUCGUAGGAGCCAAGAACAAGCUUUUUGUGUUUGGCGGCACCAGCCUCAACCGGGACAAGUUCCCUAAGGUCCAGUGCUUUGACCCGUGCGUGAACUGCUGGACCGUUCCUUCCGUUUGCCCUCAGCUCUGGCGCUACACCGCUGCUGCCGUGGUGGGCAGCCACGUCGUCGUCAUCGGCGGCGACACGGAAUUCUCUGCCAGCUCCGCCUACCGCUUCAACAGCGAGACUUUCCAGUGGUCUAAAUUCGGGGACGUCACGGCCAAGAGGAUCAGCUGUCACGCCGUUGCGUCCGGCAAUCGCUUGUAUGUGGUCGGGGGCUACUUCGGAGCACAGCGCUGCAAGACCUUGGACUGCUAUGACCCGUCCACAGACACAUGGGACAGCGUUACCAGCGUGCCGUACUCUCUAAUACCAACAGCGUUUGUUAGUACUUGGAAGUACCUUUCUGCAUAGGAGUGAAACAGCAUCAGUCUUAUCGGCAAAUCUGCAUGGAAUGUGCUUGAGCGUCCUCCCCCCUUGCCGCCUGCAGAAUUCCAGGGGGUGAAUGGAGCUGCAGCGGGAAAGAUGAACCCCCCUCCGCUUUGGGGAUCACACCAACCUCGUCCUGGAUCUGCUCCUUCAGUCAGGAGGAGAAACAGUGGAACCCCACCCCCCCCGAUCUGUUUUAUAUUUGUUCUCUAUUUGAAUGUGUCUGUGUUUCCACGUUGGCGACUCUGAGCCACCCCCCUGGGGGGGGGGGAUGGAGCAAAAUGGAAGCUGGUGAAAAUUCAAGUUUAUGGGGGGCACUGAGGCUGCUGGGUAUGUGCCCCCCCUGCCCUGAGACUGUCGGAGGCUCCUCUGGCCUGGAGCGGGACACACUGUGGACUGGACACAUACAGGGGGGGGGGGGUGUUCCAGCCCACAGGGGGUGCCUUGCCUACCCUCAGCUGAGCGCGAUGUGCUGGACGGGACCUGCUUGCUGGGGGGGGGGGGGGCAGCUAAUUUAAGCCGAAUGGCUUUAAGAAGGUCUGCUGGUGCCCAAGAGGACGACGGCUGCGGAGAAACCAGCCCACGGUUAACCGGCUCGAUAGCGGUCUGACGCUUCGCGGCACGAUAGCGGUCUGACGCUUCGCGGCUCGAUAGCGGUCUGACGCUUCGCGGCUCGAUAGCGGUCUGACGCUUCGCGGCUCGAUAGCGGUCUGACGCUUCGCGGCUCGAUAGCGGUCUGACGCUUUGUAAAGAGUUUCGCUUCUCUCUGUCACUCGCUGGGCUUCCUGAGUGAAGCAGACCCGCUGUAAGACACGAGCCGCUGUCGUUAGCCAGAUCCUCUCUCGUACUUAACGGAAUUUAUAUCUCUGGACACAAACUGGCUUCUGUUUUUGGCGUCUAAAUCCAUCUUCUAUCUGUGCUAAAGUAGCUAUGCAGAGAAUGUUGGACACAUGAAUGAAGUUUUGUGUGUGUGUGUGUGUGUGUUUUUUUUUUUUUUUUAACUUUGUAAUGUUUGGAUGCUCAGGGUUUUCCUGUCCCAUCAUUUAUUCACUUUUCUUUACGCCUUGACUACUGCGUUAAACCAGAAUUAAUACUGUAAAUAUUUGCUGUAUGUUGCUGUAUUGUGACAGUCUGACAGCUGACCCUAUUGGUUAAAAAUACUGGACAUAUUUACAGCAUUAAGAUUGUUGUACUCUGGAAAUGUGUAAAGAGUGUGUCUGUCCAAGUCCUGUUUACUUGUCUAUGAUUUUAGCUUCUUUCUCUUCAUGUGUUGUACAGUCUUAUUUUGCAGUCUGUUUUGCACAUCAGUUAGACUUAGUCUUACUUUUAAUAUUUAAUAUGUUGUUCCUUGAGCAACAUGAAUGAUUGUGUCAUCUGGCACGUCUUGCUGAAUGUCUUGCCCCAGUAAUGAUCUGUUGCUGGGCGUUUCGAGGGCCAGAUGGUCUGAUGACAUGAGAUCUUUCUGCUUGCUGUUCAGGUGGCAGUCCGGUGCCUGUGUUGGAAUAGUUUCCGUCGCAUAAUUAAACUUUUGUAGAGGACUAAAAAAAUGAGUGAUUAACACAAAUUCCAAUAGAUGCAAUGAAAUAAUCUAAACUCCCUCACGUCGCUGUCAGGCUCAGAAAUGUAUCAGAAAGAUUUGUUUGUUGGUUGGGCACCCAGGUGACUCCCAGAGGUUUUUUCCCCCCAAAACAGGAGUUUCAGAAUUAGAAUUUUAGAAUUUGGUGAUCAGUGGUCAUUGUUGACACACCACAUCAGACUACGCAACAACGAAAUGUGUCCUGCAUUUAACCCAUAUAUGACAUUUUGAUUCUCUUCUCCUCCUCUUCUCCUUCUUUUUCUCUCCUCUCCGUCUUAUGCACCAUUUUGUAUAAAUGAUGUAAUAAUGGAUUACCACACAUUCUUUUCAAGUGCUUUGGGGCAACUUUGUUACGAAAGGGCCUUUAUCGAUAUUGAAUUGAAAUAAUUGGACAAAGUGUAUUUCAGUGAGGAAACAAAGUAAAUGCUGUUCUACACGCUAA